AUGGUACUAAAGAGUUCAUCGUGUGCCGUGUUCCUCAUCUUUGCCCGGGUGGCAGAGGUGACUGUUGGCCAGAAGAAACGACGUUUGGACGCUUACUUUUCGGAGCCGAGUGAAAAACAGGCGGCAGAGCCAGACGACGCAGAGCUGGUGAGCCUCAGCAGACGGCUGGUGGAGAACGCAGUGCUGAAGGCAGUGCAGCAGUACUUAGAAGAAACGCAAACCAAAGCCAGGCAGGCUGACGGCAGCCCCCUGAAAGCUGAAGAAGCGGCAAGUGGCCACAAGCGUGAGAGCGACGACGAGAACAGCAAGUGA